AUGGCACACAUCUUCCACCUCGCCCCCCACAUCGACACCUCCCCAAACUACAGCAACAAUGAGCUCACCUCCCCAGAAAAGGUCGCCUUCCCUAAAACAGACGCCUUCCGAUCUAUGAACGCCCCCUCGAGAUUCGAAGGCUCCGUCUUCAACCUCGAAGUCACCGGCACCAUCCCACCCGACAUCUCCGGCACGUUUUACCGCGUUCAGCCUGACCACCGCUUUCCCCCUUUGUACGAAGACGACAUCCAUUUCAACGGCGAUGGCUCCGUAACCGCCAUCCGCAUCGCCAAAGGCCACGCCGACUUCCAGCAAAAGUAUGUCGAGACCGAUCGAUACAGACACGAGACCGCCGCGAGGAGGUCGCUGUUUGGGAAGUACCGCAACCCCUACACAGACAAUGAAUCUGUCAAGGGCGUCAUCCGCACCGCGUCAAACACCAAUAUCGUUUUCUGGAGGGGGAUGCUGCUUGCCAUGAAGGAGGAUGGGCCCCCCUUCGCGAUGGACCCAGACACACUCGAGACGUUGGGACGGUAUGACUUUGAAGGGCAAAUCCUGUCCCCUACUUUUUGUGCGCAUCCAAAGUUUGACCCUGACACGGGGGAGAUGGUCUGCUUUGCUUAUGAGUGUGGUGGCGACGGGGCGGAUUGCGGGGUUGAUGUGGCUGUUUGGACGGUGGAUAAGGAUGGGAAGAAGACGCAGGAGGGGUGGUAUAAAGCCCCGUUUGCGGGUAUGAUUCAUGAUGCUGGGUUGACGGAGAAUUAUCUCGUUUUAGCGUUGACCCCGAUCAAGAUGAAUUUGGAGAGACUGAAGCAGGGAAAGAAUAAAUUCGCGUGGGACCCGGAGGAGGAUCAGUGGUAUGCCGUGGUCCCGAGGAGGGGGACUGGGGAUCCUGGAGAGAUUACUUGGUUUAGAGGUGACAACGCUUUCCAUGGACAUGUUGCCGGCGCUUAUGAGCUAGCCUCAGGAGAAAUAGUCUUUGACUUGACGGUUGCCGACGGAAAUGUUUUCUUCUUCUUCCCACCAGACAAGAACGUCACAUCCUCCGCGGACAGCAUUGCGAAGAGAAACAAACUCAGCUCGCCAACCACGCGAUGGAUCUUUGAUCCCAAGGCCAAGAAGUCGGCUAUCCGGACACCUGAGGCAGGGGAUUCUGACGUUUGGGUGGCGGAUGAGCGUGUCAAGCCAGCGGUUGUUUGGCUGACCAACGGGGAGUUCUCACGAAUCGAUGAUCGGUAUGUAACCAAGCCCUACCGUCACUUCUGGCAAGCCGUCGUAGAUCCGACAAGACCGUACGACUUUGCCAAGUUGGGACCGCCUGCCGGCGGGUUGUUCAAUUCUCUGGGCCACUACACAUGGGGACCCGAGCAUUACCACACCGGCUCAACAACAUCAUCUGUGACAAACGGAGAGACCAAGAAAGAAAAGGCUGGCCUGGAGGACGUGUACUUUCCUGGGCCAACCAUGACCUUCCAAGAACCGACCUUCAUCCCAAAGCAAGAAGGGGCAGAAGGCGAGGGAUACCUCAUCGCGCUGCUGAAUCACUUGGAUGUGCUGAGAAAUGAUGUUUUGAUCUUUGACGCACAGAACUUGAGCCAAGGUCCGCUUGCGGUGAUUCACCUGCCGUUGAAGCUCAAAUUGGGGUUGCAUGGUAACUGGGUCGAUAACAAAGACAUCGAGGAGUGGAAGGCAAGGAGAGAGGCAACUGGCGAUGUUGGGCCUGUGAAGGUGGCUAGUGAACCACUACCAUGGCAGAAGAAGUUCCAGUCAGGGCAGGCAAAUGGCCAGGAGAGGAGCUUUUAAACAAAGGGAGGAGAUAAUGAUGUUGAACUGGGCUACUUCCACAGCUUCUCCUGAUGGCGGAGUAAAUACCCAUUCACCUCUGAUAAUUCUGAUGAUGGUUUUGACUUAGAGCAACAAGCUAGUAGACAUCUCCG